AUGCGGCUACAGCAUGAAAGGAUAAUUUCGCGGGAUAUUGCCGUUGGUGGAAGUUUGCGAGCGCCUUCCACAGCCGAUAACACCCCCCUCGCUGCAACCAAAUCCCCAACCCCAGCCACCGGACGCCCCGCAACUUCGGGUACGGAGCUGAACCUCCGGACCGACCGGCAGAAGGCGCAGACCUCGUACCAACGGGCCGCGCAAGCCGAGCAGGCGUACCGAGCCAAGCGCAGGGCGACCUACGCCCGCAAAGAUAUCAAGUCCGCCGGCGAGCACUUCUCCGCGUCGGCUACGAGCUUCCGGGAGGGAUGCAAGUGUGCGUGGAGCGCGUUGCUCGCUGGGCCCGCCGUUGUGAAGGAGAAGCAGGUGAAGCGGCGCGAGGAGGGUGCGGAGAAGAAGAGGAACGUGGCUGAGGCUAAGAAGAAGAAGUGGGAAGAAAAGGCCAAGAAGAACGAGGACUCGGAGUCCCCCGCCGCCCCCGCUGAAGCCACUCCCGCCGCUGAAGCUACUCCUGCCACUGAAGCCACUCCUGCCGCUGAGGAGACUCCUGCCGCAGCUACCGCUUGA